CUCUAUUACCUCAAACUAUGGCUGGGUUUUCGCGUUUGAUUCGCUUUGUUUGCGAAGAAGACACUGCUUCUUACUUUGCUGACAUUGGUCCCAGCGCCCAUGGGCCACCUCAACAAGGUACCAAGCUGGAAGGAUACAGCACGGUUGCGGACCUCAUUGAAGCAAAAAAUGCCACAGUCGCAACUGUUCUUCAUCUGUUGGCACCAUUACCGCUGGACGACAUCCCUAUUUACUGCGUGGGCUUAAACUAUCAUAGCCACGCUGAGGAAGCCAAUCUCCCGGUACCUACCUACCCACCUCUUUGGACAAAACCCGCUGCGUCGUUGGCACACCCUGGCGAAGCAAUUCCAGUCAAUGACUUUUGCGCGAGAAGUCUGUUAGAUUACGAGGGAGAGCUUGUCUUUGUCACGUCAAAGGAUUGCAAGGAUGUAUCCCCUCAAGACGCGGACAAAUACAUACUUGGCUACACAGUUGGGAACGAUAUCAGCUGCCGCAAAUUUCAGCUACCCCAGAACUCAGGAGGCCAGUUUUUCUUUGCUAAAGCAUUUGAUAAAUUUGCACCAAUUGGUCCCACCUUGAUUAGCCCUGAAUUGUUCGCCAAUGGGACAGGAUAUCAGGUGAUUACCAAAGUUAAUGGGGAAGUUCGUCAGACAGGCGAUAUUAUGAAAGACAUGAUUUUCCCACCUUCUGAGAUUCUCAGUCAUAUGAGUCAAGGGACGACGAUUCCAGCGGGCACCGCAGUAAUGACAGGUACCGCAGCCGGAGUUGGGGCGUUCAUGAAGCCAAAGUCGUUUCUUCAAGAUGGCGAUAUUGUGGAAGUUGAGAUGGAGAGCGUGGGAACGUUAAGGAAUGAAAUCUCGUUCAAGUAGGUUGGCAUUUAUAAAUGUUAACCUGCGUGCCUAACAGUUACCCAGAGUAACAGCCAUGACUCGAGUAGUUGUCUCAAUUCAACGAAUCAUAGUUAAUAUUGCCACCAGGUGGUUGUAACGUCUUAGGGUUACUGGGUACUUGGCGAGGUCUUGAGCUGGCAGAGAUGAC